CCUAGCGAUUAGAAAAUUUCCUCGCGGAAAAAUUCUAUUGUUUCGUUAUUUAUAUCCGAUUGAUUUAAAUUUAAAUGUAUCUUGCCCCGUCGAGAUCGAGGGGAGGGCCCGAAAGGAAGCCUCGAGUGAAUGGCGCGCGAGUGUGCAUCGUACACUUUGCCAGGCAAUGUAUGAAGAUCGGUUGAGACACGAGGAAUCAAAGAUCGUUUCAAAAAGGCGAAACUUUCAGCGGCUCGUGGUGGAGGAAAAGCAGGAGGAAGGCAGAGUGAAAGAUGGCAGUGAUCCUGAAUGCAACGACCCUUUCCAUGCAAGGAAACGAGGAUGAAGAGGACGAUAGUUACGUUCCAUACGACCAGCGACCUGAAACUUACAUAGUACCCGUUGUAUUCUUAUUAAUCUUGGUAGUCGGUGUAAUUGGAAAUGGGAUUCUGGUGUUCACCCUCGUGUGUCACGCCAGUAUGAGAAAUGUGCCCAAUACCUACGUUUUAUCCCUGGCUUUGGGCGAUCUCCUGGUGAUCAUAACGUGUGUACCGUUCACGUCGCUUCUGUACACGAUUGAGUCAUGGCCGUGGGGCCUGGCAGUUUGCAAAUUAUCGGAGUGCGCCAAGGAUAUUUCGAUCGGUGUCUCAGUUUUCACUCUGACCGCGUUAUCAGCCGAGAGGUACUGUGCCAUCGUGAAUCCAAUUCGCCGCCAUGUAGCCGGGCUCAGUGCAAAACCAUUAACGAUAUUAACAGCCUGCCUUAUUUGGGUGCUGGCAAUUGUUUUGGCGAUGCCAGCUGCCUUUUUCUCUUACGUGCCCACCGUACCGUUACAGAGUAAUCAUUCUAUCCUGAUCUGUAGUCCCUUCCCCGAGGAAUUCGGACAGAGCUAUCAAAAGGGAAUGGUGAUGUUCAAGUUCCUCGCUUACUAUGCGAUACCGUUGCUAGUGAUAACUGGAUUCUAUCUGGGGAUGGCACGACACCUCGAACUAUCCACCAGGAAUAUGCCAGGCGAGUUGUCCACCGGAUGUCAUCGUAUGGAACAAAUUAAAGCACGUAAGAAGGUCGGCAAGAUGGUGAUAGCAUUCGUAGUUAUCUUCUUUAUUUGCUUCCUGCCACAUCACGUGUUCAUGCUAUGGUUCCAUUUUUGUCCAUCGUCCAAGCAAGACUACGACGAUUUCUGGCACGUCUUCAGGAUCCUCGGCUUCUGCCUGAGCUUCAUCAACAGCUGCGUCAAUCCUAUUGCACUUUACUUUAUCAGCGGAACUUUUCGCAAGAGAUUCAACAAAUAUCUUUGUUGUUGUCUACCGAGAAGGAGUAGAAGAAUAUGUCGAACGGAGACGACAGAUAGUUCGGAUAGGAACAGUAAUCGGGGAAUAAAUUUCUCGCAAAGGAGACGCGUGGGUAGACAGGACACGCUCAAUGAAACCAGCUUUGGAUCCACGUUUCGAAGACAUACUCAGGAACUGAACUCGACGGCUCUCUACGAAUUACCGAGCGAAGAGACCACGAGGCCGACUUGAUGCGGAGAUGGAUUGUAAGUAAUUUUUGAGAAAGAUCUCGAGAAAUACAAGGGGAGAAAAAAAAAGAAAAAGAUGUUGAUAAUCGAGGACCAUUAGAUUGGAAGUAAGACAUAUUUGAUGAAUAUUUCAUUUAUGCGAUACUGUAAAAAGUAUGCAAGGACUGGGAACGAAACGCGAAUAAGUCAAAUUCUUCGUUCAUCAUUUUUUUAUUUAAUCGAA